GACGUUCUGUAUACAGUGAUUUCUUGACAAUUCUGUUUGUUGGGACUCUGUUAACUGGCCAGUAAAUAAUAUAAAAUGACUAAGUUUCUUACUUAACAACAAGUUUAUCUGCCAAAAUGGAGCUGCCGUAAUAGCAGAUCAUGGCCCCGUGGGUAUCCCUUUAAGCUGGCAUUGUCUGUGAUGUGGUUUUCUUCAUACUGAAUUUAUUCAUAUUUCAGGAGCCUGAACGUCGAUCCUCUGUGAGUGGCCAGGGGGCUCAAGCAGCCUCUUCACCAUCACAGGCAGCAGGAUUACAGCAAACUUCAAACUCUCAAAAUUCUGACGGAAAGCAUUUUUUAGGUACGUUGUUACUUUCAUUACUAUUACCAGUAUUUAAGCACAAAAAGUAACGCCAUAAACACAUGACGUUUCGGUGGAUGCAAAUGAACAGAAGUAAUAAACGAUUUAUAUAGAAAGUGGCGUUGUGAAACAGUUCAUUAACAAGUGAAGAAAAAAGCAAACUCAAAAACGUAUUUAAACCUCCAAAAACCAAGGAGAAUGAGAUAUCUUUGCUGUAGGUAAAAUGGUUUGUAAGGUUAAAACUUUACCAGCAAUUUCUUUGUUGCCUAUCAAAUAACUGGGGCUAGAAAACAAAGGAAAGUUUGGAUACCUGGUACCUCAGUGGUUAGUGCAUCCGACUAGAUCACGGAGGUUAGUGGGUUCGAAUCCCAUCUGUGGCUCGGAUUUUUUUUCCGAGUUUCCAUUCGAUGCCAAAAACAUAUCAUGUUCUACUUUUACAAAGACUCACUUGGUGGUUGGUUUACCUGAGAACGGAUUUUACCUACAACAUCUCUAAGGUGUUCCAUUGUUCCUAAUAAACAUGCUGUCAGUGGUAGUUGUGGGUAUUGACGUUGUUGGUUUUUUGUUAGGGGUUACUCCCUCCAUGGAGUCUACCAAAAAACUGGAUUCCAUGAGGGAGAUACCAGGAAACAUAACACAAGUCCCGGCAACCGCACCAGCGGCAGCACCAUCUGUCAGCGCACCUACACUCUCUAAAUUACUGGCUGCUGAAACACCUGCUGCAGCAGCUGCUUCAUUAAAUGCCAUCACAUCUCAUGGGGGAGCCAUAACCAAGGUACACUCACCUCUCUCUUAAAGGGACCGUGUCACGGCUCUGUGGCUCAUUUUGUUUACAGUGCCAAUUAGUAAAUGAUUGCUUAAGCGCCGCACCUUUACCCAAAAUAAUUUAAUAAUUGCGACUCUCGAAUAAACGCCGCGGUGCUAAUUUGGGUAUUUACAAACUAACGCCCCACCUUUGUUACGGUGCUUGAUAAAAAGAGAUAUCAAAACCAUAUCGCUUGAGAGAUAAGACCUCGACCAACUCGUGAGUUCUAAAGUUUUAAUGAAGGGAAACUCUUGAAAUUCUUGUAUUUGCGGUGUAUGUGCAGUUAUUUUUAAUUUUUUACUCAGUUUGGUGGCAGUUAAUUCCUACUUUUUAAAUUUUGAUAAAUUUUGUGACACAGGUCCUUGAACGAUUUACGUCCCAAGAGUAAUUAACAUCAGUCUUCUCCUAAUAAUAUCAACGAAUUAAGGUCGUUUCGCUACAAGUCGUUUCGCUGUAUUAUGGAGUCGUUUCGCUACACCAUAAAGUCGAUUCGCUGCAACCACUUUUUUGUAUUAAAUAGUUUAAAACAAUUUAGAAUUAACGACAAACUGGUAAUAACGAGUUAAGUUAGCAAAACGACUUUACAACUUUGCAGCGAAUCGACUUCAUUAUGCAGAGAAACGACUUGUAGCGAAACGACCAUACUCCAUAAGCAGUCUCUUGAUAUCAAUACAUAACCAAGAGAAAAGUUUACAAGAAUAAGAGCACCAGUGGGAAAAUGCUAUGAUCUUUAAUUUAAUUCUCUCCACUUAUUCUUAAAGGAAAUGUCUGAAAAUCGGUCUGUAGAAUCAGUAUGUGGAUAUUGGAGCUUAAUGAAUUAACGCGCACCUUUAUAUUGCGAACUCUUCACUAGAACAGACACCAAGAGGCGGUUUCUGCCUUAAUUCAAGCCUUUUCUUUGGCUCUCUAUUCUAUAAGACGGAUAUCUGCUUAAGAUGGAUACAUGGUGCCACUCCCAAAGGUCUUUCUGAGAGUUGUCUUUAUUUCCAGAAAAUGUCUAUAUAUUUUAAAAACUAAAUAUGGUUCAUUUACCCAAUACAAAUUGUUUUCACUAAAAGUUUGAAAAGAGAGCCUUUUAGACACUUUAAAAGGAAAAUAAUUCGAAGUGACUCAUCAACGAAUAUUUUUUCCAGACCACAGGAAGGGUAGAGGGAAGAGUUUUGGAGUCCACAGCGAACCCAGUGGAUAGCGCUGUUUCUGUUAUUGGUGGAGGCAGAGGAUCCGCUGAAGGUAUACCUCAUGAUCAAUUACAUAAAGAUGAUUACAUACGUUUGUAAAAAAUUGAAUUGUCUGUAUUCUUAUUGUGAGUUCGGUCCUUUUAUGAGAACUUGUGACGAACUUCAAUAGUAGAAAUUUGAUGCAAUCUGAUUUUAGUGUGAGUUUGUUAUGGUUGUUUGACCUGUUCAACUUUGAAGUACCAAAUCUGUUAAGAAAAAACGAAAUCCAUGGCUCCAGCUCAUUGGCAUUGAUUUAGCAUUUCCUAGGUCUCAAGUCCUAAACGGGUCAUAUGAACUUAAAUUUUUAAGCUAUUGAGUUCAUUAUAAGGCUUCUAAGUAACCUCAGAUCAGGCUGAAUUUCAGCAGUUCUCGUAAUCUCUCUCUUACGUGGCCCGCUGAAAUAAAAUUAUAAAAAUUAUACAGCUUCACGUCAGGCUAACCUCUUUGAGAUCCGUUAUAAUUUGCCGCUUUGGCACUGUUGUGAGUACCCAGCGAGCAGAGGUUACAUUUUCGCAGGGUACGCCCAGUUUAAACGUCAAACUUUUUAUGUACCCGAACUUGAUAGCUAUGUGGGUCGGCCCAAAUGAUACAAUUUCGACAGCUGAUUCAGACGUCGAACUUAAUUAGUCAGACUCAAUUCAUUUUCACGAUGUACAGUGGUCUACAAUGUUUACCAGUGAAAAUAAAGUACCGUAAACUAUGCAUUAGGUUCGGUACAUGAAAAGUUCCACGUUUGAAACGAAGUCGCUCCUAAGUCGAAAUUACCAUGUGCACCACUCAAACGUAAUUUAUGGGUCGACUCAAAUUAGAUAUGUUGGACGUGAUUGAUUCAAACGUUGUCCAUCUUUUCAUGUUCUUAAUUGAAGAGAUAAGGUUCUGUACCUGAAAAGUUCGACGUUUGAGCUAUUCCUACGUUGUGAGCUGAGCCUAAGAUAAUUGUGUGUGUGUUAUAAUUUUUUCACAGGCAGUCAGUCUGUUCUGACUGUGUCUACGUCCAUGCCAUCAAUCUCAGUCAACCCUAAGGUAAUUGCAUAAAGCUCUAUUUUUUCUGUGCCUUUUCAAGUUUGUUUUGGUGUUGUGAUUGAGUUACUUUACAAAUUUCAUUCUCUCAACUUAGGUUGGCUUUCCUCGAGUGAGCAAUGUUGUUGAAAAUACACUUUAUCAUGCAAUUGCUGUGGCUGUGCAUCGCGAUUGCCUGAAAAAAACUCUUGCCACUUUCCUAACCAAUCACAAUUCAAUUUUAAAACGAAUCCUGACUUCCUAGCGAGCAUUUUCCUGUGCUUUCACGCCACCAGCAGUGAUUUGAUUAAAUCGGUUGAAAGGUGUUUGGCCGGCACAAAAACUGUACGUAAACCGCAAGGGUAAAAUCUCCAACCCUUUUGGUUAUUAAUUAACUCAUUUUUUGCUCAUUUGCUUUCUAGGCUGCUGCUCUCACAGCAACACUCCCCUCCCCACUGGCAAUCACACCACCACCCACCACCCCUCCGGCAGACAGAAAGGUCAGUUGAACUGCAAACGUUGAAAAAUUAAAAAAAUUAACCAAACCGCUUUCCUUCAUGUUUUUUUUUUUUUUACGUUCUUUGCACAGGAAAUGAUUACCGAUAAGUUUGAACCAAAAGUGAAAAAUGCUGAGAAGAUAAGCGGUGCUGAAAUAACCAGUGUCAGUCUUGAAAACGAGGCCAACAGUGAACGGGCAAAUGACGACCAGCCAGGGACCGUCCCUGAAGUAAGAGUGGAGACCACAGACACCCCAGUCACCUCUCCACGAGUGUCUAAACGAGCAUCCAAACCUGGCAGACCUGGUAGACCUGGAGAUCAUUUAGAUAACCGCGUCUUACCGUCACGAGAAAAGAUGGCAAACGCAAUGAUCUUAAGGCACCAGUUUAAGGAAAGAAAUUAAACGCGGCACCACUUUACCAGUAACAAAUUGUCAGGAGCCUGAAAUUGUAUAUUUUCUUUUUGAAAAGUUUAACCUUUUCUCGCUUACUCGAGAAAUCCUUUUACCAAGUGAGUUCUUAGAGUAAAUUGAAAUCUGAUUAAUUUCUUCAGAAAUUAGAUUGAACAACCUUGACUUCUCUCAUUUUUUUUUUGUCACAGGGAGACCACCCAGAGCGGCGCGUAGAAAUCAGCGAAAUCGCAGCAAGUCGGCGACCUCCACGGUAAGUAAGGCCUUCGUCACUUCCGUAAAACUAUUGAUAAAAAAUCCAUUACAACGUUACCGUUUUUAUACAUUUCCUUUGCAGGACAAUGAAGGUGAUAUCGAAGAAGAACAUGAAGAGGUAGGGAUUAAAUUAACCUGGCAGAAAUCGGAGGGGUGAGUCUCUUGUCAGUUUAUAGCAGGGUGGCUGGAGCUACCGACCGGGAUCUGCGAUGUCAUGGGUUCGAAUCCUUUGCUGAAUCAGUUUUUUUUCUUCGUCUCCCAUUCCUGACAUUAUGAGCAUUGCGUCGUUUACAGUUUUAGAAUUUUUUUUCGGUCAAACAUUUUUUACACUGUGUCACAUAAAUCGUUUCUAAGAGUGCUUACCUUGAGAGAAUCCAAGAUAUGAUUUUUAAUCUCAGAACCCUGGAUUUGUUUCGACGAAAGUUACGAAGAAGCGGAUCGUAACAUAAGCGUUAACCAGCAAAAAACGUGGCCUCUGUAUUUCUUAAACCGCUUUUUUGUUGUUUUCGGAGACGAGUUUGGAUUCUUUGGAUUCAAAAUCUAUGCUUGGAUCUUAAUAAAGAAAUUGAAAAUCAUUUUCAGAAUUCAUUCAUCCAGGUUUGGAUUUUUCUAAAGAAAUGCGCUCUAAGGUGCCGCUAAUAUUCUUUUUUCCUCGAGGAAUCUAAAUUUGAGUCGGUAGAAGUGGAGUCAGAAAAAACAGAGGAAGAGGAAGACAACGAAUCCAUUGUUGAAGAGAAGAAAGAAGAAAGUGACGAGGAGAUGGAGCGAGAGAGCGGUGAGGAGGCUGUUUCGGACUCCGGGGACAGGAAUCAGUCGGAGAAGGAUGAACCUGUGACCACCAUGAAGGACUUCCUGAUGGAAAGGUCGGGGAUUGGGGGCUCCGAGUCGGUACCGGGGAGUCCUGCCUCUCAAGUAUCACAGGGGUAUGUAAAUUAUUGCUUGAGAUACGCUUCUAAGGGCCUGUUUACAUGGAGAUGGGGGACCCCAGGUAGGUGAAGGAAUCCGUGGCGGGUCACCCCACCUAUCACGUAAUCGUGAUCAAAUUAAAAUGAGAGUUAUAUGGACAGGCGGGUUACCUCACCUGCCUGGGAUACCUACCUCCUUGUAAACAGGCCCUAGGUCGCGUGGCGUUGCAUGGUGUUUUUCUUUAAUUAUACCGAAAGAACUAGAGAAACACACGAUAAGUGAUGCCAUCAAUACUAGGCCCGUGAGUGUGUGUUUUUUUAAUCUAUAUUUUUUGUAUUGUAUUAGAAGUAGCGAUGAACAAGAAGCUAUCCAAGCGCAGAAAACGUGGAAGAAGUCAAUCAUGCUGGUCUGGAGAGCUGCCGCUAAUCACAAGUAAGAGCGAAUAUUUUAUCGCCUUAUCGCUUUUUUACCUUACCUCCGAUUCCUACGGAAACCCGAUAGUUUACCCGGAAUCCGAUAGUCUGCGCAGCUGGCAGUACACUCUGUACGCGUUCCCGCAUUGCUUUGAACAAAGACACCAACUCGAGGUUCGGGUGACUAAAUAAAUGUUAAGAAAAUCCUCAUAGUUGAAGACGCAACUUAUGGCUUGCGGUGAUUGGAACCCUGACCUCUGCGAUACCGGUGCAGUUCUCUAACAAAUUGAGCUAUAAAACGAACUGGGAGCUUGUCAUUAAAGUGGUUUCUAAUAUAUCUGGAAAAUAUGAAAAUAAAAUAAUGUAUAUGUACGAAUUUCAGGUGCUGCAACAGCGGAAUGAAGAAAUAAAUGCAAAGAAAAUCAUGUCAGUUGUGAAAACUGAGAAAGCCUGAAAAAAAAAUGAUAAUAAAUAAAAUCAGAAACUCAUAAGGGGUUAUGGAUUUCUGAUAAAAUAGAAUAAAAAUAUAUAAAUCAAUCCACCCCGCGCAAUCAUUUGUAUGAAAUUGUCCACCCAAACCUCGAUUUCAUUUUUUUUCUCUGCUCCUUGUUGCGGAAUGGGGAGGAGUGCGCACGGAAAGGUCUUAUGAGUUUCUGAUUUUAUUUAUUAUCAUCUUUUUUUUCGGGCUUUCUCUUAGCGAGCUGCACCGGUAUCGCAGAGGUCAGGGUUCCAAUCACGGCAAGCCAUCAGUUGCGUCUUCAACUAUGAGGAUUUUCUUUCUUGCAGUUCCACCCAGAGCCAAACUGACCCUCGUGCGCACUCGCGCGCUGAAUAGUAGCCUGCAGGGUUACUAUUUUUACUCUCCCUAAUCUUCCUCCGUCAUAACAAAGAUGGCGGUUACAACAGUACGAACAUAAACAAGAACGCUCUUGGUAACAUGAGUCUCGCUUGCUUGGAGAUGAGAUUUGUUGUCAAAGGCCCCCGGCGCUAAUAUACUACUUUUUCGUUUGGAAUACAAAACGAGUGUUGUAUGUCAUAAUGUAUAUACUCAAAAAGUAAAAACAACGGUGACAACGGUGACAACAGUGACAACGGUGACAACGGUGACAACAGUGACAACGGUGACAACAGUGACAACGAUGACAACAGUGACAACAGUGACAACGGUGACAACAGUGACAACAGUGACAACGGUGACAACGGUGACAACGGUUACAACGGUGACAACGGUUACAACGGUGACAACGGUGACAACGGUGACAACGGUGACAACAGUGACAACGGUGACAACAGUGACAACAGUGACAACGGUGACAACGGUGACAACAGUGACAACGGUGACAACAGUGACAACGAUGACAACGGUGACAACAGUGACAACGGUGACAACGGUGACAACAGUGACAACAGUGACAACGGUGACAACGGUGACAACGACAACGGUGACAACGGACAACGGUGCCAAUAGUAACAACGGUGACAACAGUUAGAACGGUGACAACGGUGACAACGGUGACAAAAGUGACAACGGUGAAAACGGUGACAACGGUGACAACAGUGACAACGAUGAGAACGGUGACAACGGUGAAACCAGUAACAAAAGUGACAACAACGACAACAGUGACAACGGUGACAACGGUGACAACGGUGACAAGAAAACGGUGACAACAGCAACAACGGUGACAACAGUGACAAUGGUGAAAACAGUGAGAACAGUGACAACAGUGACAAGAGUGAGAAGAGUGACAACGGUGACAACGGUGACAACAGUUAGAACUGUGAGACUGGUGAAAACAGUGACAACGGUAACAACGGUGACAACAGUGACAACAGUGACAACAGUGACAACGGUGACAACAGUGACAACGGUGACAACAGUGACAACAGUGACAACGGUGACAACGGUGACAACAGUGACAACGGUGACAACGUUGACAACAGUGACAACGGUGACAACGGUAACAACGGUAACAACAGUGACAACGGUGACAACAGUGACAACGGUGACAACGGUGACAACGGUGACAACAGUGACAACGGUGACAACAGUGACAACAGUGAGAACGGUGAACAAGAACGCUCUUGGUAAUGUGAGUCUCGCUUGCUUGGAGAUGAGAUUUGUUGUCAAAGGCCCCCGGCGCUAAUAUACUACUUUUUCGUUUGCAAUACAAAACGAGUGUUGUAUGUCAUAAUGUAUAUACUCAAAAAGUAAAAACAACGGUGACAACAGUGACAACGGUGACAACAGUGACAACAGUGACAACGGUGACAACAGUGACAACAGUGACAACGGUGACAACGAUGACAACGGUGACAACGAUGACAACGGUGACAACAGUGACAACGGUGAUAACACUGACAACGGUGACAACAGUGACAACGGUGACAACGGUGACAACGGUGACAACGAUGACAACAGUGACAACGGUGAGAACGGUGACAACGGUGACAACGGUGACAACGGUGACAACAGUGACAACGGUGACAACGGUGACAACAGUGACAACGGUGACAACGGUGACAACAGUGACAACAGUGACAACGGUGACAACGGUGACAACGAUGACAACGAUGACAACGGUGACAACAGUGACAACGGUGACAACAGUGACAACGAUGACAACGGUGACAACAGUGACAACGGUGACAACAGUGACAACGGUGACAACUGUGACAACAGUGACAACUGUGACAACAGUGACAACUGUGACAACGAUGACAACAGUGACAACAGUGAGAACGGUGACAACAGUGAGAACGGUGACAACAGUGAGAACGGUGACAACGGUGACAACAGUGACAACGGUGACAACGUUGACAGCAGUGACAACAGUGACAACGGUAACAACGGUGACAACUGUGACAACGGUGACAACGGUGACAACAGUGACAACGGUGACAACAGUGACAACGGUGACAACGGUGACAACGGUGACAACGGUGACAACGGUGACAACGGUGACAACAGUGGCAACGAUAACAACGGUGACAACAGUGACAACGGUGACAACAGUGACAACGGUGACAACAGUGAUAACGGUGACAACAGUGACAACGAUGACGACGGUGACAACAGUGACAACGGUGACAACGUUGACAACAGUGACAACAGUGACAACGGUGACAACGGUGUCAACAGUGACAACGAUGACAACGGUGACAACGGUGACAACAGUGACAACGAUGACAACGGUGACAACAGUUACAACGGUGACAACAGUGACAACGAUGACAACGGUGACAACAGUGACAACCGUGACAACGGUGACAACAGUGACAACGGUGACAACGAUGACAACAGUGACAACGGUGACAACAGUGACAACGGUGACAACAGUGACAACGGUGACAACAGUGACAACGGUGACAACAGUGACAACGAUGACGACGGUGACAACAGUGACAACGGUGACAACGUUGACAACGGUGUCAACAGUGACAACGAUGACAACGGUGACAACAGUGACAACGGUCACAACAGUGACAACGAUGACAACGGUGACAACAGUGACAACGGUGACAACAGUAACAACGAUGACAACAGUGACAACAGUGAGAACGGUGACAACAGUGAGAACGUUGACAACAGUGAGAACGGUGACAACGGUGACAACAGUGACAACGGUGACAACGUUGACAGCAGUGACAACAGUGACAACGGUAACAACGGUGACAACUGUGACAACUGUGACAACGGUGACAACAGUGACAACGAUGACAACAGUGAUAACGGUGACAACGGUGACAACUGUGACAACGGUGACAACAGUGACAACGAUGACAACAGUGACAACGGUGACAACAGUGACAACGGUGACAACAGUGACAACGGUGACAACAGUGACAACGGUGACAACAGUGACAACGGUGACAACAGUGACAACGAUGACGACGGUGACAACAGUGACAACGGUGACAACGUUGACAACAGUGACAACAGUGACAACGGUGACAACGGUGACAACAGUGACAACGAUGACAACGGUGACAACAGUGACAACGGUGACAACAGUGACAACGGUGACAACGGUGACAACAGUGACAACGGUGACAACAGUGACAACGAUGACAACGGUGACAACAGUGACAACGGUGACAACGGUGACAACGGUGACAACGGUGACAACGAUGACAACAGUGACAACGGUGACAACAGUGACAACGGUGACAACAGUGACAACGGUGACAACAGUGACAACGGUGACAACAGUGACAACGAUGACGACGGUGACAACAGUGACAACGGUGACAACAGUGACAACGAUGACAACGGUGACAACAGUGACAACGGUGACAACAGUAACAACGAUGAGAACAGUGACAACGGUGACAACGGUGACAACGGUGACAACGGUGACAACGGUGACAACAGUGACAACGAUGACAACGAGGACAACAGUGACAACAGUGACAACGGUGACAACAGUGACAACAGUGACAACGUUGACAACAGUGACAACGGUGACAACAGUGACAACAGUGACAUCGGUGACCACAGUGACAACGGUGACAACGUUGACAGCAGUGACAACGGUGACAACGGUAACAACGAUAACAACAGUGACAACGGUGACAACGGUGACAACAGUGACAACGGUGACAACAGUGACAACAGUGACAACAGUGAGAACGGUGACAACAGUGACAACGGUGACAACAGUGACAACAGUGACAACGGUGACAACAGUGACAACGGUGACAACGGUGACAACAGUGACAACGGUGACAACUGUGACAACAGUGACAACGUUGACAACAGUGACAACGGAGACAACGGUCAGAACGGUGACAACAGUGACAACGGUGACAACAGUGACAACGUUGACAGCAGUGACAACGAUGACAACGGUGACAACAGUGACAACGGUGACAAGGGUGACAACUGUGACAACGGUGAUAACAGUGACAACAGUGAGAACGGUGACAACAAUGACAACGGUGACAACGGUGACAACAGUGACAACGGUGACAACGGUGACAACAGUGACAACGGUGACAACAGUGACAACGGUGACAACGGUGACAACAGUGACAACGGUGACAACAGUGACAACGAUGACAACGGUGACAACGGUGACAACAGUGACAACGGUGACAACGGUGACAACAGUGACAACGGUGACAACAGUGACAACGGUGACAACGGUGACAACAGUGACAACGAUGACAACGGUGACAACAGUGACAACGGUGACAACGGUGACAACAGUAACAACGAUGACAACGGUGACAACGAUGACGACGGUGACAAUAGUGACAAUGGUGACAACGUUGACAACAGUGACGACGGUGACAACGGUGACAACAGUGACAACGGUGACAACGGUGACAACGGUGACAACAGUGACAACAGUGACAACGGUGACAACGAUGACAACAGUGACAACAGUGACAACGGUGACAACAGUGACAACGGUGACAACGGUGACAACAGUGACAACGGUGACAACGGUGACAACAGUGACAACGAUGACAACGGUGACAACGAUGACGACGGUGACAAUAGUGACAAUGGUGACAACGUUGACAACAGUGACAACGGUGACAAUGGUGUCAACAGUGACAACGGUGACAACGGUGACAACGGUGACAACAGUGACAACAGUGACAACGGUGACAACGAUGACAACAGUGACAACAGUGACAACGGUGACAACAGUGACAACGAUGACAACGUUGACAAGUGACAACGGUGACAAGGUUGACAACAGUGACAACGGUGACAACGGUGACAAAGGUGACAGCAGUUGCAACGGUGACAACGUUGACAACAGUGACAACGGUGACAACAGUGACAACGAUGACAACGGUGACAACAGUGACAACAGUGACAACGGUGACAACGAUGACAACGGUGACAACGGUGACAACAGUGACAACGGUGACAACGGUGACAACAGUGACAACAGUGAGAACGUUGACAACAGUGGCAACGGUGACAACAGUGACAACGGUGACAACGGCGACAACAGUGACAACAAAUACUACUCUAAACACUGUACUCUGAGACCUUACGGAGAUAUUAAAAGUAGAUACUAAGCAGCUAUGGGAAAUGUCAUUACUUUCUUUCGACAUUGAUAUCUUAUAAAACGGACAAAUUCAGCAGGAAUACGGGCGAACUGAAUUAACUGUGUGUUAUAUAAGGUUCUGUUAAACUUAAGGUAAGAACCUUAGUUUACGGCACAAUAAAAAGAUCAGCAUUGCUGGUGGGUCUUGCAUACAACAAUUACAAGAAAAAUAAGGAGUACUGAAAGCAAAUGUACACUUGAAAAUUCAAAACUGUUAAAGGUUUUUCUUGUAUUACAGUAUCACCGGGAUGAAGCGUUUCAUUUUCCCGGAAAAUUUCACUUCCUCGUCAAAACAAUCACUGACUCAGACAGACUCGGAUUAGUUUACUUGAAUUUAGUGUUCAGUACAGCGAACGGGGUUAUUUUCUGUGAAAUUUAUCUACAGUCUGCCGUCUACAUCACCACUGAUCCACGAUUUAUUUAUUUAUUUUAUUUUCAAGUUCUUUUUAACCGAUCCCCGAUCCCUGAUUUCUCGAUCCUCGAUCCUCGAUCCUCGAUCCUCGAUCCUCGAUCCUGAUUUUCCAGUAAACCUUGAAGUUUUGCUCAUUAAGAUUAUUCUUUUUUUUCCGACCACUGAAGUGAUCAGUUGUUCCAAAAUAAUCAACGCUUUCAAGCCAUAGAAUUCUUGGAGCAACCUGUUCCGGAAAAGCUCGAUAUGGGACUUCCAUUAACUAUGGACAUGAAGUGCUGCAAGUAGAGUGUGUGGUUAGUCAAGUUCAAAGCUACCCGUAUAAACACAUCCGUGACACGUUAGGGUGGAUUUCCACUGAUGCGUUUUUUUGCUCCGCACGUUAACGCACGUAAAUGUUAAUCACGUAAAUCAAAUAGAGGUACAUAGGCGUACGGGCCGGGGGGGCGAGGGGGGCUGCAGCCCCCCCAAAUUUUGGGCAACUCAGAUUUUUUGGGCAGCGAGAGAAAAUUUGGGCAAAGCCAGUUUUUUAAAGACGUUUCCGUGUUUUUUAAAUCAUUAUUUUGAAGAGAUAAAUAUUUUCUAUUUUAAUCUCAUUCACACGAGACAGUGGUUGCCUAGCAUAUAAUGAGUUUCUGGUUAUAAGGAAAGGGUAUCAUGUGCUGAUUUUUUUAUUGUUGGGCACUGUACUGCAAUGGGCUAUUUCCAAUCGUGAAUUGAUUAGAAUAAACUUCCGCCUAACUCUCUAGAAUCAUCUCCGCUCGUAGAACAGUGUGUGGCACAUAGCAUCAGCAAUGGGUCUGAAAGUGAAGAAGUGGCUGACUAAUUUUCAGUUUGAAUUACGCGAAGAAUCGUAAUUUUAAAAAAAAUCUAUCGAGUGGUUUAAAAAUUAUUCACUAAUUUGUUAAAGUAGACCGAAAUGUUUACAAAACCGCUAACAAGAGCGCCAUGAUACAUACUAAAUACUCAAAUAUCCUUUUUUGGCCCACGUUUUUAAAAAGAUUGAAACUACUAUGAGGUGAAAUUGCAUGUCAAAAGCGCGUCGUUUUCUACAGAUAACGGCCAAACAUCAAGAUUUUCCUUUUUUACCGUAUUUCUAACGGUAAAAACUUUAUCCCAAAAUAUCUCCGCAACGCUCUUACAGAUUCCGUUUUAACUUUACGAACAUCGAGGCGACUAUUGGAGGAAAAUGCUCUCGUGAACGAUUUUGGAAGAACAGUUCCCAGUGAGAAAUGUUGCUGCAAGUAUAACAGGUAAUGGCGUCAUUUGGUUGCUAUGACAACUCCGAUGUUAUUGCAACCCGGAUCAUAACAAAUUUUCAUCUUUAUCUAAUGCAACUGUGGUGGCAAUUUUUCCAAAAGUUUGUUUAUGGUGUCGUAGUCUAUGCUCAAAAAAAACUUCACAGGUAUUGACCCUGAAAAACUGUAUCGAGCCACUUUCAUGUGCUAGUACGGCCUAUGUUGUUGCAUCGUAUGGCCCUCGUUUCUGUUCGACUGUUUUGUAGAAAUUUGGGCAACUUAGAAGAAUUUUUUGGGCAGAUGGUUUACCGCCCCCCCUGGCAAAAAAUUGCCCGUACGCCUAUGUAGAGGUAAGACAUAGUAUUGAGAUUAAACGUCAAAUUAAGCGAGUUUCUACGUACUUUGAAGCUUACAUAAUUGUACGUGCGGCCUUUCAUACACUGCCUUUAUUUUAUUUGCGAACGCAAGUUUUACGCACGUGCGCACGUAAAAAUUACGUGACAGUGGAUACUUCAUAUCUCAAGUAUUUAUGAAGUGCAACACAACUUCACAUCGUAACAACUGCGAAAAUCUAUCAGUUAAAUACAUAAAACAAAGUGAAUCUAUUUAACCUUACAUUUCCUGUAAUUACGAGAAUAUUCUGAGAAACGUAACGCCUUAAAAAGCCACAAAAUCCUGAGGAUUUCCCCGCUAUAAUAUUUUCUCAUCCUGCUUGGGGAUAUUUCCUUUUUAAAGUGCCUGCAUGUCGUGCAUAAUUACACGAAAAUCAAGGGCCUCCAUUCGAGGAAAUUACGUCAUUGCCAAACUUACAUGCGUCAUUUGAGUCAUCGCCGAAAAUAAAGUGCAUUCUCAUCACAAGACUCAUUUCCAUACAAUGAAAGUCGUCACAGUUCUUAUCCCCAGUUUCCACGGUCUUCGCUUGGAACGCGGGGCCUACAAACUAGGUCCCACCGACGAAAAAAAAACGACUGCAUUUUAAGUGUCUCGCUCUGCUCAAGCAAGCUGGACUAACAAGCAGCUUUCGCCCGCCCAAAAUACGCCUGCCCUGCAGGCUAGCUGAAUAGACCUUUCCGUGCGUACUCCUCGCCAUUCAGCUAGCCUGCAGUGCAGGCGUAUUUUGGGCGGGCGAAAGCUGCUUGUUUAUGUUCGUACUGUUGUAACCGCCAUCUUUGUUAUGACGGAGGAAGAUUAGGGAGCAUAAAAAUAGUUACCCUAAGGGUAGGUGCCCCGCUCCUUUUGACUCGCCCCAUUUUCUCCCCUCUUUUGGAGUUUCAACAUGCGCUUUCGAGAGCAAAACAUUCGUGCGCCCGAAGAAAACGCCUGCACUGCAGGCUACUAUGCAGCACGCGUGUGUGCACGAUGGUCAGUUUGGCUCUGGGUGGAGCUGAAGAAUUGGGCUGAUUUGUUGCCUUAAACACUCCUGGACUCUGAUCCUGCUUGCUACAUAAAGCACUCCGCCGAAUCUAUCACUGAUUUCUUCGUAAUUCAUUAUUUCAGGUAUGCAAACGUGUUUCUUCAUCCAGUCACUGAUGAUGAAGCACCAGGAUAUCACAGCAUUGUCUUCAGGUCAGAUCACCUGUGAAUUUUCGUCUCAAUGAUUUGAGGGCCCAAAUGAAUUAACACUCGCUUGGAUUUCUUGCCAGAGUUAACACAUAUAGUUUGAUAGUAAUUAAUAGUUUAUUCAUUGCUAUUGCGCAAAUUUUUGUAUGCAAGGAACCCACUGCAAGAGUUGUCGUCAACGGUUAAAUUCGUUUGAAAGAGGCUCUUUGCCGCCUUUCUGCAGGUAGUCGAGUGGAUUAGCAUGCAAAUAGCCUGCAAUAAAACUCAGUCGAAAAGAGUCAACGGAGAGCUUGCUCGAAGGCAAGAACAAAUACUGCGAUCGAUGGGGCAUAAACACAAGCUGCAUGGUCAAUGAAGUUAGGUCCAAAACCGAAACUUGCUACGGGGAGAAACCUAUGCAAGAUCGGGACGAAGGAAUCUGUAGAGGUAGUAAAAUACUGGAGGAGAGUCCCUUUUAAGGCACACUUUCCCUUCGGCUAAUAGCCUUCGCGCGGUCCUUUAAUUGACGAUCACGUGAUUUGUUUGCAGUCGACUGCCUGUGCUCUGAUUUGUUAUAACUUGUGUGUUUUCCAUCUUCUCAUGCAGACCGAUGGAUCUCUCGUCAAUAAAAAAGAGCAUUGAAAACGGGGUAAGGAGUUUCUAAUCUUAAAAUAUAUAAUCACGCAAAUCUAGCACCAAGUUGAUAAUUUCAAAUUCUUUCUCAUGCGCUAAUGGAAACUGCAAUGUUGUUUUUACAGACCAUUCGUACAACAAGCGAGUUCCAAAGAGAUAUGAUGUUAAUGUUUCAGAACGCUCUCAUGUACAACAGUGCUGAUCAUGAUGUGUAAGAUACAGUGUGAUAUACUUAUCUUUAAGAUUCAAUAUUUGUAAGCCCGCCCCCAUCUUCCCCUAGAAGCUCCUCGCGCAAAUUAAGGCGCGCGGGAACGGGAUAGGCACGCAUGGGAGAAGGGAAGGGAACCUUCUCAAACGCUUGCCAGGCUAGUUUAGUCGAGAUAUCAUAGCUUUGAAAGAAACUACGAUAGUUUCUUUUCAUCUUACCUUCCUAUACCUUUUGUUUUGUUUUUUUUUUUUUUACUUUAAUGCUUCCGAAAAACAUGUCCAUAAUUCCCUCUGCGUUCUAAAAAGAUUGCAUUGCUUUUCACCAGGUAUCGCAUGGCGGAAGAAAUGCGAGAUGACGUUAUGGAGCAGAUUCAGGUAAACUUUUCCUUCAACGUACAGAACUGUGUUCUUUCGCUCUCAAAUUGCGCUUAACUUACAUAUGUACUUUGUUGUGUUGUCUUACAGUCGUACAUUGCAACUCAGAUCAUGGUUGAUUCUAAGAUGUUGCGAGGCCAUAGGCAAGACGGUGAGCGGCUUCUGUUG